GCUUCACUCGUCUCCAAAAUUCAAAGUUUUUAAAAAUAGAAAAAAAAAAAGUGCCACUUCCAAGGAAACCAACAAAUAGGCUUGCAGUUCCAUCUCGCACCCAUAAUGGACCACUCAUUUCCCAGCAUGCCACCAAAUAUUUAUCCGGAGUGGAGUGACGCACGCACCUCAAGCAUUAGCAAUGGAAAUCUCGUAGACCCAAAACUAGACCUGUUCUUCCUGAUGAGGUCAUAUCAGUUUCCACUGCCGCCUCUCUACUCCCGUAGAGAAUUUCGUUGGAGCCUCGAGGGAUCUCCGCUGUCGGACGACGAGAAACGUGCUUAUAACGAUUCCAUGAUCGAGUAAUGUAUGACGCUGGUGCAGAUUGGCCCGCAUUGGCCAGUGAACGUCGGGAUUGAACUGGAAAUAUUAUUUCAAUAGAGCAGCAGCACCUACUACCCUCAAGACGAAACUCUUUUUGUGAAUUAGGCACCCAAAGAUUCUAAUUUCGUGCACUCUGCUGUUUGGAACGUGUGCUCAGCCUGAGUGUUGGUAAGAGCCAAAACCAAAAGCAGAAUUGUUGCCAGCUGCUGCAAGGGCAAUUAAAACGUGCUACAAAACACGACCAAAUAAAAGCCAAAAAACCAAAAAAAAAAAAACAAAAAACAAGAUAGCAACACAAAGUUAUUAAAGUGACAUUUUUACAAGUGUGUGGAGGUGAGCAGAAAUCUCUAAAAAGUGGACAGAGCUCCGGCUAAGCAACAAAAACAGGCGAUGUCAAAGCGAAACGCAAAUCCAAUUUUAAGCCGCACCAAAGCCGCAGGCAAAACCAGAAAUAAACCAAAAAAUAACAAACAAACGGAAAAAACUCAACGCAAUAACAACACAAAAAACAAUGGCUACUUAAGCCCCAUGGAUAAGGAGGACAUUUUUUUGGGGAGUAUCCACUGGCCAUGAAGCGUUUGAUAUGCAUGACAAACAACCAUAACGAAAGCAAAGAGAAACAACAACAAGAACUUUGAAUUGUGGCUUCAAAAAAAUAAAAAAUGUUUACAUUAUAAUCCGCAAAAAAUGAGAGUUCAAAUAAAUAUAGAUUGGUACAGCCAGU